AUGGCGACAUCAUAUCUGGAAUUCUGGUCUACACAUCCAGAGAAGUGUAAAGUUCCAUCCGUUAGCGCCGCUUUUGAUUUGAUGCCGCAGUCCUUGUUCGGAGGAAAGGGCAGGUAUUUGUAUUCCGCGAGAGUCUCGACUAAAGGACUUAAAACUCGAGGGAUCAACAACGAGGAAUCCAGGCCAACCUGGGCCGAUAGUAAUGACUCUUUGUUCUCGCGUGCGCUGCCGGUGAGAGCCACAUUCCUUGUCCCAGUGGAGGUUGCACUCCUCCCAUAUUUCCAAGCCAGAAUACCCUCGCUUGGGGAACAUAUGAGGAUAGAUGGAAGAGCAGAGGAAGCUCAACUGCUGGACACGGAAUUGGAUGUUGUAUCUUUGUUUGGCUUUAGAGCUCAGGAGACAAGCAAUUUCGGGAAUCAUUUGAUUGAAAGAGUGGACAUUUGCUCUGAGCGCAUAGUGUCCGGAAGCAUGAGUAGAAGACUACGGGCCGUCCCGGGCACCAUUUUCUUGACGAAGAAGCAGACCCAGCUUGGGGCACUCAUGGACAAGUUCACCCAUGGGCCCGUUCGUUUUCAAAGCUUUUCCUUCGGCGCGGGAAGCACGACCCAGCAGACAAACCUGGAACCCGACAUAUCUUGGACCUGGGAUUCGGCGCGCAAAGAAUUCCAGAGAGCAUGCGUGGAACAUUUCGAGGAGCGCGAAGCAGGAAUCUUUGCGGAUCCUGUGUAUUUUGUUUGUUUCUGGCCCGGGACGCUAGGCAGGCAGAUUACGGGACACAUUGUGGCUGUCCUAUGCUUCUGGUCCCAGAGAUCCCGUACAGACGGAAAAGGGAGUAGGCAUCUGAUGGGACCUCCCUCUCAGCGCACUCCCCAUUCUCCCAUGUUCGGGUCCCAUAUCGUUUUUGACACCUCUCGCACUCAGACGGGCGAAGUCUCUCCCAGACAUCAUUCCCUCCUUGUCUCCUUUUUGUUCUCAUUUCCAAGCCGCGAAACCAGGGGCGCACAGCAUGGAGGCCGUGCUUUGUCUCUUUAUUGCCAUCGCCGGAUCGCGGGAAGCAGCGAAGGAGAGCUGAGACAUGCACCCGCUGAGCCUCCACAUGAGGAAUCCCCCCAUAUCCUAACCAUUCCUCAGCGCCGACAAAGCUCCGAAUACCAUUUGAACUCAAUAGGCCAGCAAGAUUUUUCGUUCCCGAGACAGAUGCAGAAACUCUACCAUAUAGCUUUCGGCGGUGUUCUUUUGGUCUCUAGACUCGUAACAGCGCGAGCUUUCCGGCACAUCGGAGGUCUCGAGCCUAAAUUUUAGUUCUGGAUCCCAGAACUCAAGAGAAGAGGAGUCAUAUCUACUAGCUCCACGAGUUUUAGAGCCUAUGUGGCGACCGUAGUGGAUUGUGAGGAAGAAGAAAUGGAGGGCGAGAAAAGAGUUUAUGUACGCCGCGCAACGGUUCCGGUCGGCGAACUCGACGACCAAAGGGCACUUCAGACGACGGAGGAAAUACCAAGUUCGCAG